AUGGAUGAUGAUAACGCCUUGUAUCAGAGUGUUGAGGCUCUCCUGCGCCCUGCCGAGGAGGACUAUAGUCGCCCAUCAACGCAGCCUGCGACGCAGCAGCAAACACGCAAUUUUGACUUUGAAUCCGAUUCAGCAGGUGGCGCACCGCCACAUCGCGCGCCCCUGUAUUUCAUGAGCGAAUAUCGAGGACUUCAACCAGCCCAACAGGUCCCUUUGAGGGCAUUGUCCCAUGUCUGGAGCCACUCACAGCCUGAAGGCAUGGACGACCUGCCUCAACGCUCCUCGCCAACGCCUGCAUUUGUGUUUGGAGCAGGCCCGAGCAUUGACCCGGCUAACCUUGCCUCCACAGGUUUCGUCGAGCCUCGUCUUGAACACUCGCCCCAACAGCAUUCGAUUGCGGGCUCGGGCCCAAAGACUGAUGCGGACAUCUACAGGUCACUCUUUCAAUUUCCAGCUUUCAACGCUGUUCAGAGCACCGUCUUCGACACGAUGCUAAAAUCCGAUGACAAUUGUGUGGUCACAGCGCCCACAGGAGCGGGAAAGACGGCAAUCUUUGAAUUCGCCAUCAUACGCAUGCUUCAGAACCACGGCGUCAACGCCAAGGCGGUCUAUGUUGCUCCAACCAAGGCGCUGUGUUCUGAGCGGGCGGCCGAUUGGGCUGGCCGCUUUGCGCACGCCAAUUGCACCGUAGCCGAGCUCACCGGCGACAGCGGCAAAGGCGAUCUCUCAAUCACCAAAAGAGCACGUGUGAUUGUGACCACGCCUGAAAAGUGGGACAGCUGGCAAGAGGGACGUGCGAUCUUUGACAAGGUCAAGGUCUUGAUGAUCGAUGAGGUCCACAUAUUGAGGGAACGGCAACGCGGGGCGCGCGUGGAAGUACUCGUUUCCAGAAUGAAGACGUACGGCAAUAACGUGCGCAUCAUUGCCCUUUCAGCCACAAUUCCAAACGCUUCAGACAUUGCGCAGUGGCUGCGCAGCUCUGGCGGCAGCUCCAAAAACGGCAUCGAGCUCUCCGAUGCCACAGUUCCAAGUGCUGCAAAGCUCUUUGAAUUCGGCGAAGAGUUCCGGCCAUGCCCACUCAAGAAAUACAUAUAUGCCUACCCCAAUCCGACCGGCGACUUGUGGAGCUUCAACAAUACCUUGAACAGCAAGCUGCUACCUUUGAUCACGGAGCAUGCCAGGCGGCGUCCAGCCCUGAUCUUCGUGGCGACGCGCAAAAUGACGGUGCAAGCUGCCGAAGCUAUAGCGAAAGAGUUCAAGAUCCAGGAAGAGCGAGGAGAAGUGACGCCUUGGUCCAGACCAUCCGCAAACCAACUCUCGUCUUAUAUCGACCCGCAGCUACAUGACCUCGCUCGUGUCGGUAUUGCUGUUCACCAUGCCGGUCUCGAUCAGCAGGACCGUCAAGCUGUCGAAAGAGACUUUCGCAGUGGUGCCAUUGGUGCUCUUUGUGCAACGAGCACGCUGGCGGUGGGCGUCAAUCUUCCCGCCUACCUCGUAAUCGUGAAGGGCACCAAGAAGUACGAUGGCUCCAAAAUGGUUGAUCUGACUGACUUUGACUUGUUGCAAGCAAUCGGGAGGGCUGGCCGACCCAAUUACGAUCGCGAAGGUGUGGCGUGCAUUCUUACGGAAGAAAGGGAGCGCAAGCGAAUCUCGGAACUCGUCCAGGGAGGGACAAAUGUCGAGAGCGUCCUUCAUCAUGAGCUCAUAGAGCAUGUCAACGCCGAGCUCACCCUGCGAGAGAGAACCGAAGAAAGUGCCAUUCAAGAAUGGCUGGAGUCGAUGUUCUUGUUUGUCAGGAUGCAGAAGAAUCCGAGCCAUUACGCGGUAGCAGGCGUCACCUCUGGUCGGGCAGCUUUCAGCGAAGUGAAGGCAGCCAUCCUGUCAAAUGCGCUAGACAAAUUGCAAGAGCAUGGUUACAUCUCCCGAGAAGCGACUUCAGACUGUUCUGGCCUGAUCUGCUCCACCGACCUCGGCAAUAUACUUUCAAAGUACUACCUCGGGCUGGACACGCUUCACAGGCUCACGCGGGUUCCGCGCAACGCCAAGACUGGCGAUAUUCUAGAGGCUAUAUGCCAAGCUGAAGAGUGGAAGGAAUUGCGAUUCAGGUCUGGCGAAAAGGCUGCUUGGACAAAGGUCAAGGGGCACGAAGCCAUUCGGUUUCCUCCAGCCAAGAUUACGACUGCGGCAGAUAAGGUCACUCUUAUCAUACAGGCGACGCUUGCUGGGGUCACCAUUGCGGAGGCAAUGGAAUGCGACAAGAGCGAACGUAAUCACAGUUUUCAGGACGUGCACUACGUAUUUGAGCGCGUCCCGCGCAUUCUCAAAGCGUUGUUAGACGUUGCCCUUCUCAAUGCCGAUGGGGGAACGGUCAAGUCUGCCUUUGAACUGCUGCGAAGUGUCAGCGGCAAGGCCUGGGAUGGCACAUGGGCAACGCUGCGCCAAUUGGACGGCGUUGGCGACAAAUCAGCAAGGAUCCUAGCCGAUGCCCGCCUGACAGACCUGACGUCGGUCAUGGAUUGCACACCCGAUAGAAUCGAAAUUCUUCUAAAUCGCAAACCACCGUUCGGCAAGAAGGUGAUCGAGAGUGCAAAAGCCUUGCCGAGGUUUGCCAUUCACAUUGAGCUGCAAGAACAAUCUCUGAAAGCGGUGUCCGGUCGAGGCGUGUGCGGAUCCGUCUCUGCAACAGUAGAGCAACAGCAGGAGGAGUGCAAAGGCAAACGGUUUGGACACACCAUGUUUGUCGUCUGCUUGGCAUUGACCAGCGACAACGAGCUCGUGGAUUUCAGAAAGAUGCCCGUCAGCAAGUUGUCGAAGACCAAAACAUACUCUUUCAAGGUCACAUUCACCAAGCCCUCGCAGUCUUUGAUCCUCAUUGUUGGAUGCAGCGAAGUUUCGGGCACCGCGGUUCGUGCGGAUGUGAGACCUCAAGGCUUCUCACCACAAGACUUCCCAGGACCAGCACUGCUGUAUGGAAAUUCUCCUUGCGAGGAUCCCACAGUAGAUGAGUUUAUGGCCGAGACAGCCUCGGGCGCUCGCAGCUACACUACCUCUGCUGGUCAAGCCCGCAGUAUCCCAACAUUGAGCACCGCCGGUUGCGGCCGAGACGACAGUACAUGCAUCGUGGAGCAGCGCAAAGAAGCGCAUACGCACGAGAAAAUGCCCAACGGAAACUACAAGAUCAGUAGCAUGGCGGGAAGCCCUACGGCGCCCGCUGCGGACUGUGCAACCCGCAAAAAGGACGAUGCGACAGCCUUACCGCCGGAGCUGGAUCUCAGCUCGAAGCGAAGUCGGCAGGAGGCCAUCGACCUGCUCCCAAGCUUCAGGAAAAAGGCAAAGCCGGCGAGCGCAGACAUUGAUCAGAUAGGUGAACUUCGGCGUGGUACCUCAAAUCAGCGCGAUCUUGGAUCAGAAGGCCAGCAGGAUGGUCGAAGGGCUCGGAAACGCCUUGUGGACCUGACCUGGUGCGACAAGGAACCAGACUUUGGGCUGCGCGCAAAGGUCAAUGCAGAUUCCGAACGACGAAGUCUAUCACCUCAUCUUCCUGAUCUCGUAUUGCCUCCGCGGCCAGAACACAAGCACCAGAGCGAACGCGAACAGAGCAAUCUCAACCAAGCCGCCCUCGACGAAUACAGCGAGGAAUACGACGAGCUGGAAAGUGGCCUUGAUCAUCACGCGCUGGACGAGAUUUACGAUGAUAUGGACGAGCUCGAGCCUGUGCGACCCAGUGUCGAAGAUUCCAUUCCCACGGAGGCACUUGACUUUGGGACUGGCCAAGCUGCCCCACCGAUGCACAACAGCGAGCAAGACUUUGAUUCCUUCAUCAACCAGAUUUGUGUCAUAGACGAUUCGGAAGAAGACGAGUUGAUGGAACAGCCUUGCUCACUGCCGCAGCAGCCUCACCCUUUGCCCGUGUUUCGUCAAUCGUCUUCGAGCCCUGCUGCAGGCCCGCAUCACGCUGAGCACGCUAGCUUUGUCGUGCAGCAGUCCCGCGUCAGCUCGCCACGGACUCAUACAGGCCAUCCAUCUGCCAAAGAUUCAGCACGAUUCGAGGCUCAAAGUGGAGAGACGGGCCUUUUGACCGAGUCCAACAACGCGUUUCGGAGCGGCGAAGUUUCCGUGCCUGGUCCUGCAGCUCCAGAUGAAGACAUUGUUGCAGUUGAAGAAGAGGACGACCUGGACGCUUGGCUAGCCGAGCAUACCACCAUCUCGGAUUAG